AUGACUUUUUCUGAUAUCAGUGAGAAUGUUCGUAGACGUAGGGCAACUGUGAACUUGUCACGUUCCCUUGGUUGUCACAGAACCACUUAUAAUCGGAGGUGGAAUAAAAUGAGAGCUGCUUUCAUGAAAAAAUAUCACUUUCCUUCGGUCAGUGAGUUUGCGAAUGAAAGCACCGUAAAAGUAAAGAGAGAAGUCAGUUGUAAUGAAAGUACUUCGAUUAGUACACCGUCCACUAGCAACUUCAAUCAAAGGCUUCCAGCUAAUAGUGGAUGUACUGAAGUGAACUUGUGCUCAACGAAAAAAUCAGUUACAGUCAACAAUACUGACGAACAUAACCAAUUCACAGGACGACUACCCCAAUUGUGA